AUGGUACCUGACAACACAGUACCUAAUAACAAGGUACCUAACAACACAGUACCUAACAACAAGGUACCUGACAACAAGGUACCUAACAACACAGUACCUAACAACAAGGUACCUAACAACAAGGUACCUGACAACACAGUACCUAACAACAAGGUACCUGACAACAAGGUACCUAACAACAAGGUACCUAACAACAAGGUACCUGACAACACAGUACCUAACAACAAGGUACCUAACAAAACAUUACCUAACAACAAGGUACCUAACAACAAGGUACCUAACAACACAGUACCUGACAACAAGGUACCUGACAACACAGUACCUAACAACAAGAUACCUAACAACACAGUACCUAACAACAAGGUACCUAACAACACAGUACCUAACAACACAGUACCUGACAACAAGGUACCUAACAACACAGUACCUAACAACAAGGUACCUAACAACACAGUACCUAACAACAAGGUACCUAACAACACAGUACCUGACAACACAGUACCUAACAACACAGUACCUAACAACAAGGUACCUAACAACACAGUACCUAACAACAAGGUACCUAACAACAAGGUACCUAACAACACAGUACCUAACAACAUGGUACCUAACAACACAGUACCUAACAACACAGUACCUAACAACAAGGUACCUAACAACAAGGUACCUAACAACACAGUACCUAACAACAAGGUACCUGACAACACAGUACCUAACAACACGGUACCUAACAACAAGGUACCUAACAACACAGUACCUAGCAACACAGUACCUGACAACAAGGUACCUAACAACAAGGUACCUAACAACAAGGUACCUAACAACACAGUACCUAACAACACGGUACCUAACAACAAGGUACCUGACAACACAGUACCUUACAACAAGGUACCUGACAACACAGUACCUAACAACACAGUACCUGACAACACAGUACCUAACAACACAGUACCUAACAACAAGGUACCUGACAACAAGGUACCUAACAACACAGUACCUGACAACAAGGUGCCUGGCAACACAGUACCUAACAACACAGUACCUAAUAACAAGGUACCUGACAACAAGGUACCUAACAACACAGUACCUAACAACAAGGUACCUGACAACACAGUACCUAACAACAAGGUACCUGACAACACAGUACCUAACAACAAGGUACCUAACAACAAGGUACCUGACAACAAGGUACCUAACAACACAGUACCUGACAACACAGUACCUAACAACACAGAACCUAACAACAAGGUACCUGACAACAAGGUACCUAACAACACAGUACCUGACAACAAGGUACUUGACAACACAGUACCUAACAACACAGUACCUAAUAACAAGGUACCUGACAACAAGGUACCUAACAACACAGUACCUAACAACAAGGUACCUAACAACAAGGUACCUAACAACAAGGACAAUUACAAGUGCACCACCAACCUGGGUCCAAGAUCCUUCACACAGCUGUCCUUGUUUGUGUUCAACAGGCUCGGCGUGCUCCACGUUGAGGAUAUCAUUUGA